CAGCUUUCUUCCCGUCAGAAGGGAGGCGAGUCUCACUGCUCAACAUAACUCCCAUUUUUGCCAUUGAACGGAGCACCAAGAACGCUGAACACCUUUCAACGCAACAGACGCUCUGGGAUCGCCCAAACUUCUCGAGAAGCACGCAGGCAGGCAUCGAUCCAACGCCAUCUGACACGAUUUUCCUAGUCUAAUACAACGAGAGUCUUCUCGCCUCAGCCAUAGUCCGCUGAGAGCAUGGAGAACCGAGCGAGCGUAGCCAUGGCGACCACUCUAGUAAACGCGGCGGAGAGAGCCCCCCUCAAGAGACAUUCCACUGACUCAAACGUGCAACCAAGACCGCAGCCUCUCAAAAAGACCAAGCGAGUACGAAGAGGCGAGCUAAACCUAAACGACCGCCGAAAGCCAGUUGCCUCCUCGCCGGCAGUUCCUUAUCCUUCAGGGCUCGCUUUCCCUCGGCUCUCUGCUUCACUCCCUCCCGUCCUGCCAUCCCUUCCUCCUCCGCUUUGGACGACUCCCCAGCCGGCCUAUUCGUGGACCUCUAUGUCUCCCCUUCAGCAUAAUCACAUGCUCUUCAAUCACUACCUCCAGGGAUUCCAAUAUCCGGGGUUUCAGGGCGGCUCGUGGGCGAGUUCAUCGACGCUUCCUGCGCUGUCGCCGCUGCCGCCGCGCCACGAGGGCGCUGACUCAGCACCAGCCGAGCCCGCCGCCAAGGCUGAAAUGCCACGUGUCGAUUCGUCGACGCACAUCAACAGCCUCGUGGCGCAGUACUCGCUCGCCCAAGCAGGCGCAGCCGCCGCCGCCGCCGCUUGCGCUGGCCACCCGCUUUCUCCCGCUCAGCUCGUCUCGCCCCGGGCAGGCUGGCCGCACUUCGCGGCGUAUCCCCCGGUCAUGGGACCUAUGGGACCUAUGGGACCCAUCGCGUGCGUGCCUGGCUCCGACGCCAUACUAUCGCCCAAGCCGGCGGCCGGCAGAAGCGCCUCGACUGACGGAAGCCCCUCGCCGUCGACGGGUCUGCCGUCGUUGCUCGAGUCGCCGUUGCAGAGCGAGGUCACUCUGCCGGCCGAAUCCGACGGCGAGAGCUUCUGCAAGGUCGAAUUCCUGGCAGAGCGAGUGGACGGAGAGGUGAAGGUAGAACCGCCGGAAGGGGCGGAAAGCGCGGAACAGGAUUGGCGCGUCACGAAGGGGACUCGGCGCGCUAUGCAGCUGUGGCUGGAGGGCGGCGCAGAGGGCGACGUGAAGGGCAUGGGCCCGUUUGAUUGGCUGGAUGAGCCGUCAGGCGCGGAGGAGGCGACGGGGCUUCCGCACUGGGUGCUGGCGGAGCUGGGGGAAGGGGGCGCGGGGAAGAAGUCGGGGGAGGCGGUGGAGGAGGAGGUUUACCGCGUGCUGUUCCGCGCUGACUCUAUGGAAAGUGCCACAGGCGAGGAAGUGAGAAGCGAAACUCGUGAAAACGAGAAGCUCAUGAAUGAUGCUUCUCCCAAGUCCCCUCUACAGUCACAUGAUUCUUGCCGCCAGCAGUUUGGGGAUGAAUCACCUGCUAUGGGAAUGAACACGACCGCUGCUGAAGCGCCUGUGGAAGGGGGACAUGUUUUGAAUCGUGUUUCCCAGACAGGCUGUGCUUUUUCUACAAGUGUGAAGAUCGGCCCGUCAUCUGGAACCGGGCCAAAUGAUGAGCCAAUUGCCCAGGCGCCCGAGGAUAACACCAAUGAGGAUAUCUGGCGAGACGUGAGUGCCUUGUCUGACCUUUUGGCUGCAUCCAGCAGCCCCAUUCUGGAUUCCGAGCUGUGCCUGGAGCUGCAAGCAGGAGGAGACUGGCAGUUUUGAGGAACAGUGCUCUGCUACUGUGCGAUAUACUUGUAUACGUUUGCACACUCAUGUGAGAGUGUUCCCUGUAAAGUUGUAGAGUAAAAUGUUUUGCAUCUUGUAUGAUCUUCCAUUUUUGGACACCAUAUAAAGCUUUCGCCCCUUA